AUGAUCCUUCAUUUGAAAAAAUGAUUAAAACUUUUUCUCCUGCGACAAAAAUUAUUUGUCGCCAAACACUGGGCAGCAGGAUAUCUACUUCCUUCUCUUAUAUGACGACAAAUCUUAUAAGAGAUUUGUCUGAAGUUUCUUAUGUAUGCACCACUGCUGAUUGUUGGAGUGGUCAUCGAAGGGCUUUUAUUGGACUUACUGCACAUUGGCUGGAUCCGUUAACCCUGAAGAGAAGGUCAGCCGCUUUGGCAUUGAGGAGGAUAAUUGGGAGGCAAACAUAUGAUGUUUUGGCCAACGAAAUCAUGGGCAUCCACAAGUUCUAUAAAAUUCAUAAUAAGGUGGUGAAGAUGGUGACUGGCAAUGGAACCAACUUUGUUAAGGCAUUUAAAGUUUUUGGAGAAAAUGAAGAAGAUAGUAGUGAGGAUAUGGAAUUGAUAAAUUUGGAUGACAUAUUAUCCGUUGAUGACCCAAUUAUUCCUACUAUCAGCCUACCAAAACAUCAACGUUGUUGUUGCCAUAAUCUUAACCUUAUUGCAACAACAGAUGCGGAGAUGGCAGAUAGUGAUCUCAAUUAUAAACGAAUAUCUAGAUCCACUUUUGCAAAAUGUUUUGCUUUAGUUAAUAAACAAAAUAUAUCUUAAAAAA